AUGCUCUUGUUUGAACACCGCCUGGCUGAAAGAGGAUGCUUGCUGCUCUGGCUGCUCCCAUUUGUUCUCAGAGCCCAGUCUAGCGGGGAGGUGAGGCCCAGGUCCACACUGUGCCAGCAGAGCCCCACGAAGGUGUCUUGCAAAGGAGUUGGCCUGCGCAAGUUUCCAAAGGAGCUUGGCCAAGGAAUUAAGUACCUUGAGCUCUCCAACAACUUAAUUCAAAACCUGUCGGGCAGCCACAUGCCAGGGUUUGGGCAGCUUGAGUACCUGGAUGUGUGCUUCAACCAGCUGGAAGCCGUGUCAGCCACGACCCUGGCUCAGCUACCCCAGCUCCGCUCUCUGCUCCUGGGAUCAAACCACCUGGACCACAAUUACCUCGCUAACGGGCAAGCCUUUCGUCUGCUCAGGAAUAUAGAGGUCCUGGACCUGUCAGCAAAUAACUUGGAGAGCCACAUGGCAGGCUGGUACAUCAGCAACCUCACCAGGCUGAGGGUGCUGGACCUCUCUGGGAACAAGAUGACCAGGCUGCUGGUGGGGAUCUUCUGGAGCACACCACGGCUGCGUGAGCUCGAUCUCAGCAACAACUACAUCAUGGAAAUCGAGGAUGGAGCUUUUGAGGCUCUGGAAGAGCUGGAGGUGGUGAACUUGGCUUUGAAUUCCCUCCACUGUAUCUCUGGCUUCAGCCUCGUGCAGCUGCGAGUUUUAAAUCUCAGCCACAACGCCCUGGAGCUCUUUGUCUCAGAGGAGGGAGAGGAGCCCUACCUGCUUCAAGUGCUCGACUUGAGCCAUAACAGACUCCUCUAUUUUCCAGAGCUCCCCAAAGCCCAUUAUCUCACACACUUAAACCUCUCCAACAACCUUAUUGCUUCUCUGCUCCCAGGCUCACACCAUCUGGGAGAGUUUGUACUGCGCUACGAAGAGAUGGCGAGCUUUAAUGGGACCUUGCAUGCCACGGCUGGUCUGACACGUGUAGCUGACUUGGAUCUCAGCAAUAACCGGCUGCAGCUGUUCCCAUUUACCUUCUUCCACAGCCUGGGCUCCCUGCACAGCCUCAGCCUGGCUAUGAACUGUCUCCAGGAGGUAGCUGGGGAGUCACUCGCCGGCGGCACGGAGCUCAGCAACCGCUCACCAGAGCACACCACCCUCUCUGUGCGCUCCCUGGACCUCCACAGCAAUGCCUUCCACGUGCUGCCACACUGGUUUUUUGAUUCUCUGCCUCAGCUGGAAACAAUCGAUCUGGGCUCCAACAGCCUCCAGCCUUGCAAGAGCCAGGGGAGAAAUUGGGGAGGGAAUUCAGGAGGGGACUCUCAUGUGCCAGCUGCCGGAGGCACCUGCACCCCCUUCUACAAUGUGCCUCACUUGAAGCACCUGAGUCUUUGCAAGAACAACAUUACCAGGCUGCACCCCUAUGCCUUCAACCAGACCUCUCUGAUCUCCCUAGAUCUGUCGGGGAACAAGGAUUUAUUCAUGCCUAAGGAUGCCCUGGGCGGGUUGGAGUUCUCCCUGCAGAAACUCUCUCUGAGGGACAACCAGAUGGACAACAGCAAGGCACAGCUUCCCUGCCUGGACACACUCAAAGUUUUGGACCUCUCAGGCAAUUAUUUGAGCUUUUUGCCCACUGGUCUUUUCUGCUCCUCUCUGGAAAGCCUGAACGUUCGCAAUAACAACCUGCUGCUGUUGGAAAAGCCGGUGCUCACAAGCUGGUCCCACAGCCUGAAGGACGUGUCCAUCGCUGGAAACCCCUUCAGCUGUUGCUCACUGGCCUGGCUGGACACGCUGCAGGCGGCUGGUGUGGGUGUGCAGGACGUGGAUGAAGCCUUCUGCACCUACCAGGAUGAGAGCAGGAACUUCUCAGCCAAGAUAACCAGCAGUCCUCGGUGGCUUUGUCCACACCCCAAAGGCACUAGCUCUCUGGCUCUGCUUGUGGUCGUGAUGAGCCUUUUCUUUCUCAGCUCUGGGGCUUGCUGCCUUCUGAAGAAAGGGCAGAAGUCACCAGGGUGUGAGGAACUGCACAGCAACAAGGUGGGGGUCUUCCCCCACCAUCCUAAAAGAGAGGAGCCAGCCGAGGCAAAACCAGCAGACAACAUCACCAAAGUGUAGCCCAGCCCUGGGAGCAAGAACUGUAGCAAUUGGUCAGAACUCUAAUUAUUAAUAAUAUUACUAUGUUUUAGGUCUCCUCCGCUCACCAGUAUUCUGUGUGUUUUGCAAACCCAAUAAAGGGAAUGUGGUUGGUGCA